AUGGUUGGCCAGCAAGCAACAGCGUACAUGAUACAACACGGCAUUCAGUACGAUUAUAUUCUUCGCAUGCGUCCGGAUCAUAUGCUGUGGGGAGCUAUUCCAGCUCUGUACGAAGUUUCACAUGGCAAAGUGAUCAUUCCAAAUCCUGCCAAAGAAUGGUUCUACUAUUGUGUUACUCACCACGGCCUUCAACGCAUGGGAACAACCGAUCAGAUUGCGUUUGGUCGAGCAAGUACGAUGUGGACAUACAUGAAUAUGUACACAGGAAUCAGAAAUAUGCUAACUAUGGCAAAAAAUCCCGCAGUAAUACCUCAAGGAUUUGCUACACAUCAACAUAAUAAGUGGCAGGCAAGUGAUAAAGAAAUAUGCGCUGUGGAAUGUUUAGUUGCAUACUGGAUGUAUUUGAAUGGAAUAAGCAUGGAGGUUGAUUGGAGAUGGCAACAGAAUCUAAUUCGACAAGAUGGUCGAAUGGAGUAUUACUGUCCAGACAAAAAUAGGACAUGGAAUUGUCCUGGAAGGAUACCCAAUUAA